UGGCCUCUUGGUUUGCAGAAAGGAAAUCAAGGGGAGCCGAAUUAGUUGCUUCCUAUCUGGGGGGAAAAAAAUCUUCACUUUCCCAAAGUUAUUUUUGGGGAAGUGGGUGGUGGAGGAGAUUUGGUUUGGUUUCUCCUCUUUUGGAAGAGUAUUUUUGGUGAGGUGGGGAAGCAAGGAAUCCACCCCCGUUUUUUAAUUUUUAUUUUCAUCGAGGCUUGAAGGGAUCUACUGUAUCCAGGGACAAGGAAGGGUUUUUUUUGGGGGGGGGUUAAUUUUGUUUUUUUUUAAAAAUCGCAAGAGAAUAGGAAAAAUGUGAUUCCUCUCCCCCCUCCCCAGCCUUGGAAAAGCGUCUGAAUUUGAGUUGGAAAGAAAUCACCUUCCUGGAAAUUGACUUCUUUUCUUUUGCUCUCCCGACUCCACUAUUUGCAAAAAGAAAAGAAGAAGAAAAAAGCAGCAAAGGAAAAGACUCCUUUCACCCGGACUGGAAAACCAAACACCCAAGCCCUGGAUUUUCGCUUCCAUGGGAAGUCGGAAGAUUUUCAAGGCGGCUCCUUAUUAAAAAAAAACAAAAAGCGGUGGAGGAAAAACAAAAACGAGACUUGGGUGUCCCCUUUCCCCCACCACUUAAGGAAGCCGAAGGGAAACCCGGGGCUGGCAAAAAGAAGUCGCGACGACGGGGCCGACUCCAAAGUGGAAGUUCCCUCCUCCUGCGGGGUUCCCCGAUCGUCCGAACCGGGCCAGCGGCCGGGGAGACCCGAGCCAGUUGGGGAGAAGAACGGCGGAGAGGCUCGGGCCCAGCUGCCUUCGGCUCGCCUUGCUUUUCACCCCGACGCCGCCGCUGCUGCUCUUCUCUCUCUCUCUUUCUCUCCCCCUCUUUCGCGUGUGUCUUUCUUGCCAAUCCAGGGUGACGGGAGAAAAACGAGGCGCUAAAAGGGAGCAAGCGGACUCGAUUCCUGGAUUACUUCACACCCGCCCUUCUCCUCCUCCUCCUCCUCCUCUUCCUUUCCCCUCCUCUCUUUCGCUUGCUGGCUGGCUGAAGAUCGUAAAUCUCUCGCCUUUUGCCAGCCCUUUUGGAUUCUCUAUCCCCCCCCCCCCUUUUUCCACCUCCAGCCUUCGCCGGCCUUCUCCUUGCGCGGAUUUCUCUUUAUACCUUUUUGCCUGGCCGGGAGGCGUUGAAAUUUCUUUUCUUUCCUUCCUUCCUUCCUUUCUUUCCCUAGGGUUAGCUUAUUUCUUCCUGCUCCGGGCAGCCCCGUCACCCCUUCUUUUUCUCUCCCUGCAGUGCGUGUGUGUGUUUUAGAAAAGGAAUAGGCCCGUUCUCUCUCUCUUUCCCUCCCCCCCAUCACACCGCCCCAUCCCUCCCUCCCUUUGAUUGUGUCUCCCUCCUUCUCGGUCUGGUGUGUGUGUCGCUUGCUCUCUCUCGCUCCUGUCUCUUUUCUUUCUUGUCGGAGGCUUGUGGGAUAAUGGCGUGCGGGUUGUGGCUGUGAGGAUGAGUUCCAGCUUCGUGCCGAACGGGGCCAGCCUGGAAGAUUGCCAUUCCAACCUUUUCUGUCUGGCUGACUUAACUGGGAUUAAAUGGAAACGAUACGUAUGGCAGGGCCCAACGUCUGCUCCGAUUCUUUUCCCUGUAACGGAAGAAGAUCCCAUCUUAAGCAGUUACAGUCGUUGCCUGAAGGCCGAUGUCUUGAGUGUAUGGCGACGAGACCAAAGGCCUGGGCGCAGAGAGCUAUGGAUCUUCUGGUGGGGUGAUGACCCCAAUUUUUCAGACCUAAUUCAUCAUGACCUAGCAGAUGAGGAAGACGGUGUAUGGGAAAACGGGCUUUCCUAUGAAUGCCGAACUCUGCUCUUCAAAGCAAUUCACAACCUGGUGGAAAGAUGCUUAAUGAACCGGAAUUUUGUCCGUAUUGGGAAGUGGUUUGUGAAGCCUUAUGAGAAAGAUGAAAAACCUAUCAAUAAAAGUGAGCACUUGUCUUGCUCGUUCACCUUCUUCUUGCACGGGGACAGCAACGUUUGCACCAGCGUGGAAAUAAACCAGCAUCAACCUGUGUACUUCCUGAGUGAGGAACAUCUCACCCUCGCCCAGCAGUCCAACAGUCCUUUUCAAGUUAUUCUGAGUCCAUUUGGAUUAAAUGGUACACUCACGGGGCAGUCGUUCAAGCUGUCGGACUCCGCUACGAAGAAGCUGAUUGGCGAAUGGAAGCAGUUCUAUCCAAUCACGUCCAACUUGAAAGAGGGACUGGAAGAAAAGCAGGAGGAGAUGGAUUGGGAAGAUGACUCUCUAGCUGCUGUGGAGGUCCUUGUUGGUAUGGCCUUUUAAAAAUGUUUC